AUGAAGGCAGACCCCGCCAAGCUGGCCACGAUGCUGCGCACCCCCAACUGCUCGCGGUGCCGCAACCAUGGCUACCUGGUGGCCGUCAAGGGCCACUCGGGCAAGUGCCGCUGGAAGCAGUGCAAUUGCGAGAAGUGCUACCUCAUCACCGAACGCCAGAAGAUCAUGGCCGCGCAGAAGAUGCUCAAGAAGCAGGCCUCCGACGAGGACCGCGAGCUGGCCUCCAGGGCCGCGGCCAUCGCCCCGGCCUCCAGCCUCCGCCCGCUGCCUCCGCUCGCCGCUUCGGGAGACUUGGAGCCGGGCCCCGAGGGCCGCGCGGCCGCCUACUUGCUGGAGAGACCCCCGCGCGGCCCGAGCCCGGGUCCGAGUGCCUUCCAGCCAGUCGUGGGCGGCCACGGCCACAUGGGCCCGAAUGACCGGGCUGCCGUGGUCAGGCCCAGCUUCGUGAGGCCCCUGCUCGGGGCGGAGGCCGCUGGCCUGGGAGGUCCCGGGCCCCUGGAGCCGAGCAGGCCUCUGCAGCCCAUGCCCAGGCCGCCGCCGCCGGCAACCCCGCCGCCGCCGUUCGCCUUCGGGCUCUCUCUGAGCAUCAACUCGGAUGCUAUGGUGCGGUCUGAGUACCUGGAGAGAGAGCCUUCCAAGCUGUAUCCCAGCUGCUCCGGCAUGUACUAUCACCCGUUCCCGAUGGGCUACCAGGAUCCAUCCCCGGGCCUGGGCAUCUCCGUGCAGCAGGGCUUCCGGCACGUGUCCUUCAGCCACUACCAUGGAGGAGGCUCGUCACAGCUGCACUCCACCCAGGAGAAGGCCCUGGCUCUGGAGUCUAAGUCAUUGCCCGACAAUGGACCACAGGUGGCUGGGAUGCACUGGGACCCUGGCCGAGCGCUGAGCAGGGUGCCGGAGCCAGUGGAAAACUUCCAGCCAAACUUUCCCCCGCGGCCGCCUCAGCCUCUGCCACCACCACCAUCACCACUGCUGCCGCCACCCCUGCUGCCGCCAUCCCUGUCACCACCGCCCCCGUUCCUCCCACCAGGCUUCCUCACUGGGAUCCAUUUCCUUCCACCACCGCCGCCGCCACCACCGCCACCGCCACCAGCAUCUUUCUCACUGACCGUCCUGUCUGAUGCGGACCAGGAGACCGCGGAUGACCAGGUUGCAGGGAUGCCUCGUGAGCCCAGCCAGCCAUCGUCUCAGGAGCAGUCCGACUAG